AGCAAUUAGCCCUGAGAGGGAAGAAUCGGCUGGCUCCUGGGAAUACGCUGAGAGCACACAGAACUUCCCCACACCUUCACAUUUGCACCUUGCUGCCCAAGCGCUUGCUUCAGUAGUCUUCUUAGCCCACUAUGGCCACUGCUAAUAGCAGUGCGGGCAUCCGGUGGUCCAGACAGGAGACACGAACUCUUCUCUCCAUACUAGGUGAGGCAGAAUAUAUUCAACGCCUCCAGACUGUGCAUCACAAUGCAGAUGUCUAUCAGGCUGUGUCUAAGCGAAUGCAACAGGAAGGCUUCCGCCGCACCGAACGUCAGUGCCGCUCCAAGUUUAAAGUUCUGAAGGCAUUGUAUUUAAAGGCCUAUGUUGCUCAUGCCACAAGUAUGGGUGACCCACCACACUGUCCGUUUUAUGACACAUUGGAUCAGCUGCUUCGAAAUCAGAUAGUGACUGACCCAGACAACUUAAUGGAGGCUGCUGCUUGGGCCAAACACUGUGAUCAGAACUUAGUGGCCUCUGGCACACCAGGGGAAGAGGGAACCAGCAUUCUGAAAGCAAAAAGGACUCAGGCAGCUGACCGUCAGCCUGUCUUGAAAACAGUUAAGGAAUCAGAUGAUGAUUGUCAGCUGAGAAUCAGUGACCGGAUCCGAGAAACCAGUGACCUAGAGGACUCCUGGGAUGAAUCCUCGGGUGCAGCUACCUUUAUAUCUUUCUCUGUGGACAGCUCUGAUGACCCACAAGUUCAGAAAUACAUCAUGGAAAGUAAAUGUUUAGUCAUUGAGAAAAAUGGGAAAUUACGAUAUGAAAUAGAUACCGGAGAAGAAAAAAAAAUUGUUAACCCAGAAGAUGUUGCCAGACUGAUUUUUAGUAAAAUGAAAGAAACGGCACAUUCUGUCUUGGGCUCUGAUGCAAAUGAUGUGGUUAUUACUGUUCCAUUUGAUUUUGGAGAGAAGCAAAAAAAGGCUCUUGGAGAAGCAGCUGGAGCAGCUGGAUUUCAUGUCUUACGAUUAAUACAUGAGCCAUCUGCAGCUCUUCUUGCUUAUGGAAUUGGUCAAGACUGCCCCACCGGAAAAAGCAAUGUUCUGGUAUUCAAGCUUGGAGGAACAUCCUUAUCGCUCAGCAUCAUGGAAGUUAACAGUGGGAUGUAUCGGGUUCUUUCAACCAACACUGAUGAUAACAUUGGAGGUGCACAUUUCACAGCAGCCUUAGCACAGUACUUAGCUUCAGAGUUCCAGAGAUCCUUCAGACAUGAUGUCAGGGGAAAUGCCCGGGCCAUGAUGAAACUGAUGAACAGUGCUGAAGUUGCAAAACAUUCUUUGUCAACCUUGGGAAGUGCCAACUGUUUCCUUGACUCAUUAUAUGAAGGUCAAGAUUUUGACUGCAAUGUAUCCAGAGCAAGAUUUGAACUUCUCUGUUCUUCACUGUUUAAUAAAUGUAUAGACGCAAUCCGAGAUCUCUUAGGUAAAAGUGGAUUUACGGCAGAUGAUAUCAACAAGGUUGUCCUUUGUGGAGGAUCUUCUAGAAUCCCAAAGCUACAGCAGUUGAUUAAAGAUCUGUUCCCAGCUGUUGAACUUCUCAACUCCAUCCCUCCUGAUGAGGUUAUCCCUAUCGGUGCAGCCACUGAAGCAGGAAUUCUUAUUGGAAAACAAAAUGAACCUGUGGAGGAUUCUCUUAUGAUAGAGUGUUCAGCUAGAGAUAUUUUAGUUAAGAGAGUGGAUGAAUCAGGAGCCAGCAGGUUCACAGUACUGUUUCCCUCUGGGACUCCUUUGCCAGCCCGAAGACAGCACACCUUACAGGCCCCUGGCAGUAUGUCUUCUGUGUGCCUUGAGCUUUACGAAUCUGAGGGGGAAAAUUCUGCAAAAGAAGAAACCAAGUUUGCACAGGUUGUACUCCAGGAUUUAGAUAAAAAAGAAGAUGGAUUACGUGACAUAUUAGCUGUUCUCACUAUGAAAAGGGAUGGAUCUUUACAUGUGACAUGCACAGAUCAAGAGACUGGAAAAUGUGAAGCAAUUACUAUUGAGGUUGCUUCUUAGUGUUUUAGAUAAACUAAGAUUUUUAGAACUAGAGCAUCAACACAUUUGGUUUCAUGUACAAAUAAUGUUUAUACUAAGAUACUUUUUCAGUGAACUAUGUAAGCUAUGUUUCAAUUAAACUACAAUAUAUUGGUAACUGUUUCAGUUGUGUUUGUUUUAUUUUUAAUGUAAAAUUCACCUGCU